AUGGUGGAGCAGUCGGACCGAGCCCCGCUUCUGGACUGGGAGGAGAUCCCGCCGCCGGACCCCAACCGGGCGGCCAAGCCACCGCCCCGACCGGAGGAGGAGGAGGAGGAAGGAAAAGAGGGGAAAGGCGAUGCUGCAUCGGUGGCGGUGGUGGGGGGGGUCGGGCCCGGGGCCGGGGCUGGGUGGAGCGGCCCCCCCACCACCACCCCCUCCACCACCACCGGGUGUCCAUCUCCGGUCGUCACCCGCAGCCCCACGGCCCGGGACGCCAGCCCCGGGCGGCCCCGGGCCGGGCCCCCCGGGACUGAGCGCCCGGAGCCGGUGGGAUCCGACCGCAGCGCCCCGUUCCCCGGCGUCUCCAGGCGGGACCAGUGGGAGGAGAAGGACCAGAUCGUGGCGGUGUUCGUGGUCACUUUCGACACCCGAUCAGGGAACAUGGUGGAGUGGUGCCUGCCCCACGACAUCAACCUGGACGGAGUAGAGUUCAAGUCCAUGGCCAGCGGCUCCCAUCGGAUCACAAGUGACUUCAUAUAUUUUCGUAAAGGCGGUUACUUCGGGCUGGCCUGUUUCGCGAACAUGCCCGUGGAGAGUGAGCUGGAGAGAGGAGCCAGGAUGAAGUCUGUGGGAAUCCUGUCUCCUUCCUACACCCUGCUCUACAGAUACAUGCACUUCCUGGAGAAUCAAGUCAGACACCAGCUGCAGUGCCCGGGCCAGUAUUCCCCCCUGGAGGCUUUUUACGAGGAUAAGAAGGCGGUCCUCCCCCCCACGGGGAACAGCCUGCUGCCCGUCUCCCCCAGCUGGAGCGUCACCAACAUCAACCGCUGCAUGCACCCCGAAAUGAAGAUCACGCACCCGGCCGGCUGCAUGUCCCAGUUCAUCCAGUUUUUCGGGGAGCAGAUCAUGGUGCUGUGGAAGUUCGCGUUGCUGCGGAAACGCGUCCUCAUCUUCUCGCCGCCGCCCGUGGGCGUGGUCUGCUACCGGGUGUACUGCUGCUGCUGCCUGGCCAACGUCUCCCUGCCGGGCGUGGGGGUGUCGGUGCCCGAGCUGCGGCCGUUCUUCUACGUCAACAUCGCCGACAUCGGCGCUCUGGAGUCGGAGCUGUCGUACGUGGCCUGCACCACGGAGAAGAUCUUCGAGGAGAAGAAGGAGCUGUACGACGUGUACGUGGACAACCAGAACGUGAAGACGCACAGCAGCCAUUUGCAGCCUCUGCUCCGACUCAACGCGGCCGACAAGGAGAAGUACAGGAAGCUGAGCGAGCAGAGGCAAAUGCUUCUGUACUCUCAGGAGGUGGACGAGGACUGCACGUCAAACGAGGAGGAUCUUUUCAUUCUGUUCUUCAUGGAGCUCAACAACCGCGUGUUUCAGACCCUGUCCGAGGUGGCGGGGGGCAGCGAGCCCGUGCUCACGGCCGAGCACGUGCGCGCCAUGGGGCUGGACCCCCAGGCCGACCGCGCCUUCCUGCUGGACCUGCUGGAGGUCUACGGCCUGGACGUCGCCGUGGUGAUAGACGGCCUCUGCUGCCCCUGAGCUGGAGGGAGGGGGGGG